AUGUUUGAACUACUAAAGUACACUCUGUCAUUGAUAUUUACAGGGUUUGGUGGUACAACCAAGUUUCAUGAUCAUCAGCCAUCAGACCAAAAGCUUGAGGGUUUGAAUAUCCCACUAGAGGCAGCUCUUCGGAAGUUAAGCGCCGUGAGAGUGAUAAGAGGUGUGAAGGAUGAAAAAAGGACAAAUGGUAAGAUUUACAUAUACGAUGGAAUAUAUUUCAUUACAAGUAUGUGGGAAGAGAAAGGUCAAAACGGGUUCAAGGUGUUCAAAUUCAAAUUGGUGAGGCAACCUGAUCAAAAACCUGCUUUUGGUAUUUGGAAAUCAGUACAACAACAAUGGAAGAAUGGUUUGACUACAAGACCAGGUCUUAUUCUUGAAGAUCUCUCUAACGGAGCUGAGAAUCUAAAGGUAUCUGUGGUGAAUGAAGUUGAUGAGGAGAAGAAUGGUCCUGCCUUGUUUACUUAUGUGACAUCACUCAAACAUGCAGUUAUCAAUAUUCAACCGGUGGUUGAUCGUUGCACUUGUCGACAGGGGUCAUGUGGUGCUUCGAGAAGUGGUAGUUGUGCAUGUGUUCAGAGAAAUGUAGGCGGCUUACCUUACGUUGAGAACGCUUUAGAAACUCGUGGACCCAUGGUUUUCGAAUGUGGUGGGUCGUGUGCUUGUUCUAAAAAAUGCAAAAAUAAAAUGAUUCAGACCGGGUUGAACUUCAGUUUCGAAGUGUUUAAGACAAGGUAUUGUGGCUGGGGUUUAAGGUCAUGGGAUCCUAUUCGAGCAGGAAGCUUCAUUUGCGAAUUUGCUGGUGACAUGAUCAUAGCAAAAGGCGGUGAAGAAGAGGAUGAUUAUGUAUUCGAUACUUCAAGGGUUUAUAACUCGUUUAAGUGGAAUUAUGAACCUGAGCUUGUUGGUGAGGAUGCUUCAAAUAAAGUCUCUGAGGCGAUUCGUGUUAAUUUAUCAUUGGUGAUUAGUGCAAACAAGUCAGGAAAUGUGGCUCGAUUUAUGAACCAUAGUUGUUCACCCAACGUUUUCUGGCAGCCGAUUGCUCGUGAACAAAAUGGUUUAUGGUGUAUGUACAUUGGAUUUUUCGCAAUGAAGCAUAUACCUCCAUUAACAGAGUUAAGAUAUGAUUAUGGAGCAUCUCCAGGAGUUGGGCAGAAGAAGAGGUGUCUAUGUCGAUCAAAGAAAUGUUGUGGUUUAUUUGGAUAG